AUGUCUGUCCUGGGGAAGCGCAGCGCCGCACUCUGUGCACGAGAACUGAACCUCCUCGCCACAGCAACAAUAGCAGCUCCUGUUCCCCUCCAGUCUCGCUGCGCGCGGUCCUUCUCCGCCUGGAACCGUCCUCCGCCCAACUAUCCCGGCCAUGUGCCAUUGACCUUCGUCGAGCGCGGAGCGUUGGCUGUGGGGUCAGCGUUCGGGGCUCUCAUCAAUCCACGAAGAGCAGACCUAAUCGCCACCUGCGGCGAAGCAACCGCAACACCGUACUUCAUCUAUCGCCUCCGCGACGCGAUGCUCUCCGACCGGACCGGCCGACAGAUCCUGCGCGACCGGCCGCGCAUCACCUCGCAGACGCUCCAACUACCGUACCUGCGCACUUUACCGGAGAACACCGUGGGGCGGACGUACGCGACGUGGCUGGACCGCGAGGGCGUGUCGCCGGAUACGCGCGACAACGUGCAGUACAUCGACGACCCGGAGUGCGCGUACGUCAUGCAGCGGUACCGCGAGUGCCACGACUUCUACCACGCGGUCACGGGCCUGCCCAUCUUCGUCGAGGGCGAGCUGGCGCUCAAGGCCUUCGAGUUCCUGAAUACCCUCAUCCCCAUGACGGGUCUGAGUCUGUUUGCCUCUGUGCGGUUGAAGCCCGCUGAGCGGGAGCGGUUGUUCAAAAUCUACUUGCCUUGGGCCGUGCGGAGUGGGUUGAAGAGUAAGGAGUUGAUUAAUGUUUACUGGGAGAAGAUUCUUGAGAAGGAUGUUGGUGAGUUGAGGGAGGAACUGGGUAUUGAAAGGCCGCCGGAUAUGAGGGAAAUACGGAGGAUGAUUCGGUUGCAGAAGAAGAGGGAGAAGGAG